AUGCGUGAUGUAAACAACGACGAAUCUCAGCAGCCGCUGAUAGUGGAUGGGAGCGAAGACAACGCCAUCAGUCGUCCCGAGGUCACCGGGCGAGAUGCGCAUCGGCUCAUUUGGCUAUUGACUUUGAGUGCAGGUCUUAGUGGGUUACUAUUUGGUUACGAUACUGGUGUGAUAAGUUCUACACUGGUUUCGAUACACGAAGAUCUUGGACGACCGCUAUCGACUUUGGACCUCUCAGCAAUUACGAGCAGCACAUCUCUACUGGCUCUGAUCGCAUCACCUCUGGCCGGACACUUUGCUGAUACUCUGGGCCGUCGUCCUGUCAUUGUAGCGGCAUGUGGAUUGUUCAUCUUUGGCGCUCUGUUUCAAUCUGCUGCAACCAACGUGUGGACUAUGGUGCUUGGUCGUGCUGUUGUUGGUGCUGCUGUGGGAGCAGCUAGCGCAGUUGUACCGCUGUAUAUCGCAGAGAUUGCGCCAGCAGAUCGAAGGGGCCAACUUGUAUCAGUACAAAGUCUCUUCAUCACAGGCGGUCAGGUUGUUGCAUAUGUUGUUGGCUGGGCAGUCAUGGGUCGCUGGAGAUGGUCCGUUGGUUUUGGAGCUGCUCCAGCUCUCAUUCAGGCUGCCCUACUCAUCGGUUUGCCUGAGUCGCCCCGCUGGCUUGUGCUGAAAGGCCGAGAUGAUGAGGCUGCUAUAGUAUUCGCCCGCCUCGGUCAUGAUGACUGCGACCAAAUCGUGGCCGAUGUGAGACAAGAGGUCAAAGAGGAACAACUCAGUGCCAGUGGAAGUAUGUUCAAUGAGCUCAUCACUGUACCUGCCAACCGCCGUGCUCUGAUCAUCGCGGCCGGACUUCAAGCUUUGCAACAGCUAUCAGGCUUCAACUCAUUGAUGUAUUUCAGUGCCACCAUAUUCGCUCUUGUCGGAUUCAAGUCACCAAUCGGGACAUCUCUCAGCAUUUCCGUGUCUAAUUUCGUCUUCACGCUGCUGGCCUUUGCGAUUAUCGACAGAGUGGGGCGUCGUCGGAUUCUUCUCUACUCGAUACCAUUCAUGAUUAUUGGACUCGCCAGCUGUGCUCUUGCGUUCACGCAUAUAGAUGCUUCACCUGCGAGCGCAGUAGCGCCAUUUCCAGACACUACUUCUCAUGGUCCAAGCGCCUGGUCACUGGUCCUCUUGUUCUCCUUGAUUUUCUAUGUUGCCGCAUACGCCAGUGGACUAGGCUGCGUACCGUGGCAGCAAAGUGAAUUGUUUGGUAUCUCUGUGAGAAGCAUGGGCUCUGGUCUGGCGACAGCGACAAACUGGGCAAGCAACUUUAUCGUGGGAGCGACUUUCCUGCCAAUGAUGCAUAUAUUGGGACCGAGCGCAACUUUCCUUGUUUAUGUUCUUGUAUGCUUGAUCGGCUACAUCUGGGUAUGGCGCUGUUAUCCAGAGACGAUGGGACUCGAGCUUGAGCAGGUGAAGAAACUACUGGAGAAUGGCUGGGGUGUCAAACCAAGCGAACGCCCGUCAGACUUGGACAGCUAA